AGCGUGUUUUUUUGUUCGUAAUUCAUUACGUUUGCAUCGCAAAUAUGGUGAAGAGGAUUAGAAAUGAUGAUUCUAGGUAUAAUUUCGUUUGUUUUUGCUGCAAAUUUUUUUUUGUUUUCAAAAUUUGAGCGUUUUUGUUGUUGUAAUUGUAAUGUAGCCCGAAGUCGAAGAAGGUGAAGUCUUGCAUCUUCAGGAAAAAUUUUGGCACUGUCUACUGCUGGGAAGAAGAAAGAGAAAGAUGGUGAUUAUGAUCCAAGAUGUGAUAAAUCCUUGUCUAAGAAGAAAGGCAAAUCUGAUUUAUCACCAAUCAAGUUUUCAUUUUCAAGAUCUAAUCCCGAUCAACAGAAAGACACAUUUGAUAGAUCGUAUGUUUUUUUCAUUAUUCUCCUUUUAUAUUAUAUGAUUGUGUUUUUUUUUUAUGUUUUAAAGUUAUUUUUGUUCACUUUUGUUAGGAAUUUCACUGAGCAAAAAAUAAAGUCAAUUAAUCUACAAGUAUUGUCAGACUAUUCCCAUUUAAAUGAAGUGGUUAGUAAUUUGAGUGAUGAGCAAAAAAGAGACAUUAGGGAUAUUGGGUUUGGGAGUCUCUUAGAUAUUAGGAUAAAGAAGUUUUGUCCUAAUCUGAAUUUGGAGGUGUUGUUAAAUUACAAUGCAUCUGGAAUGAUGUUUUCAACAAAGAAUGGUAAACUGAUUUUUAAUAAGUUUACCAUUAGUGAUGUUUUGGGGUUACCUGUGUCAGAUAGAGCAGUAGAGGUUAUAGAUGAUGACGCCUUUAGGAGGAAAGGUAGUCAGAUAGAGGCUGGAAGUGCCAGGAAGGAUUGGCAUAGGUUUCUUGGUAUUUCUGAUCCCAAGAAGGUAUAUAUUGGUAGAAAAAAUUGGGAUGAUUUGUUUAAGAAAUAUGAAUCCGGGGAUGAUUUCAAGAAGUUAUUUGUUAUCUUUUCGUUGUCCAAGCUUCUAUGUCCUAUAGCUGAUUUAGGGCCUGUGCUGAAAUGUGCCAAGAGUUUAGAAGAUGCAUCUGCAAUUUCAAGUUAUGACUGGUGUGGAUAUAUAUUGAGAAGUCUUUGUGCUGCUGUUUUGGACUGUCAUCAGUCUAUUAUGAUUAAGAAGAUUGAGCUUGGACAGAAGAAAGUAUCAUUCAAGCUUCGGGGAUGCGUCAGCGCUUUGACUCUUGCUGUUAUUCACAACUUCAAGUGUCGUAAUCUGGAUUAUUCAAAUGUCAGUAAGCCAUUUAUCAGUUAUUGGCAGGAUGAGAAGGAUUUGACUGAUGUUGUGAAGCAGUUUGAGAUCAACAUGGAUUUUAUUCUGCCGGUGAAGCGUGAAAAACAGAAGGUUGAGUUUAAAACUCCCAGUGUUAGUGUUGCUAGUAGGAAGUCUGGUUCUCCUAUAAUUAAGGUGGUUGAGGGUCCAUCACCUUCAACUAGGCAGCUUAUCAUGGAUCUUCCUCAUAGUUUGAUGACUGAUGAGGAAAUAGAUGCUCUUGAUGUUCCUGAAUAUGUGAAGAACAUGCACAAGUUGAAGAGGAAUGCGCUUGCAUUCUGUCAAGUGAAUUUGGAGAUUGCCCAGAAUAUUCGGGAGGAAGGCGAGAAGCUGUCUCAAGACAGUAUUUCUCUGGAUGAUAGUGAAGUAUUUAACCCAGAUUUUCUGAGUCAAAUUGACGACAUAUGCAAGCGUCAUUUGGAAGCGAAAGACAGUGCAAACAAAGUUGAUCCUACAAUUUCACUAUUGGUGAAGCGGCCUGUUGAAUUGGAGUUUGGAAGAAUUGAAAAUGUUCCUGAUUUGGAUUCUGGUGUUCAUGGAGUUGAUUUGAAAGAAGGAAAUGAUGAAAAAGAAGGAGAGGAGGAUGAGAAGAAGAUGAAUGCUGAUGAUGAUCAGCAUAAGAAAGAUGAUGAUGAUGAAUGAUGAUGAUGGUGAUGA